AAAAUGCCUCUUCACUUCUCUCCAUAGUAACACACACACAGAGACUUCUCUUGCAGAGAUUGAUAAUCACUGCAAAAUAUACACACAAAAGGGUUCUUGAAAAAGAACUGUUUUUGGAGUUUGCUGUUCAUCAUUAGGAAGAAGGAAAGAUGUCUCUGCUAAAUGAUCUCAUCAACUUGAACCUCUCUGAUGUUACUGAGAAAACCAUUGCUGAGUACAUAUGGAUUGGUGGAUCUGGGAUGGACCUCAGGAGCAAGGCCAGGACACUCUCUGCUCCAGUUUCUGAUCCUUCAAAGCUUCCAAAGUGGAACUAUGAUGGUUCUUCAACAGGCCAAGCCCCUGGUGAAGACAGUGAAGUUAUUCUCUACCCUCAGGCAAUUUUUCCCGAUCCAUUCAGGAGAGGAAACCACAUACUUGUCAUGUGUGAUGCUUACACGCCAGCUGGAGAACCUAUUCCCACAAACAAGAGGUAUGAUGCUGCCAAGAUAUUUAGCCAUCCUGAGGUUGUUUCUGAGGAACCCUGGUACGGCAUAGAGCAAGAGUAUACUCUGUUGCAGAAGGAUGUGAAGUGGCCGCUUGGCUGGCCUGUUGGUGGGUUCCCGGGACCUCAGGGGCCAUAUUACUGUGGGAUUGGUGCUGACAAGGCCUUUGGCCGCGACAUUGUGGAUGCUCACUAUAAAGCAUGUCUAUAUGCGGGCAUCAAUGUUAGUGGCAUCAAUGGGGAAGUUAUGCCUGGUCAGUGGGAAUUCCAAGUUGGGCCGUCUGUUGGAAUCUCUGCCGGAGAUCAGCUCUGGGUGGCCCGUUACAUUCUUGAGAGGAUUACGGAGAUUGCAGGGGUUGUUGUCUCUUUCGACCCAAAGCCGAUUCAGGGUGAUUGGAAUGGUGCCGGUGCUCAUACAAACUACAGCACCAAAUCCAUGAGAGAAGAUGGAGGAUACGAGAUCAUCAAGAAGGCCAUUGAAAAGCUCGGCCUGAGGCACAAACACCACAUUGCUGCUUACGGAGAAGGCAACGAACGCCGUCUUACUGGAAAACACGAAACAGCUGAUAUCAACACUUUCUUAUGGGGCGUGGCGAACCGUGGAGCCUCUAUUAGGGUCGGGAGGGACACAGAGAAGGAGGGCAAAGGCUAUUUCGAGGAUCGGAGGCCUGCUUCGAACAUGGAUCCUUAUGUCGUCACCUCGAUGAUUGCUGAGACAACCAUCCUCUGGAAACCAUAGAAAGAUCAUCAAAACUAUGGUGAUGCUUUUCACAUUCCUUCCAUCAUUUGAAGGUGUGUGGGAGGGAAGGAGGGAAGAAUUGUACCCUUGUGACUUACUUGGAUGGAAUUUGAUCUUUAUUAUCGAGUCUAAGCCAGUACAUUAUCGUUUAAACUUGAUUGAAUUAUUAUCGCACUUAAAAGAUUUUCUUUGAGUGUUUUUAGAUUAUUAGUUGAAUUGAGUUCGAAUGAGUUUUAAUCAAAUUAAAUAUGACGCAAACUCGAGUAGUUUUACA